CUCACCCAAGACACUGUGCCAACUCAUGGUAGGCCAUGUGUACCAGUCAUCCAGCUUACUUAUUUCAAAAUAACUGUUACCUUCCUCCCAACGAUAAUAUCACAACCAACUAUUUUUUUUUUCAUUUUUUUUCCCUCUAUAGAGCUUAUCUCUUUCAUUUCUUCUAAUUAUUGAAAAUUUUCUCCUUUUGACAAACUUUGUUGAGGUUGUUCUGUCUUUCUACAUAGUCAUAGACUGGUUAUAUUUUUUAUAAGGAUAUGGCUGAGGAAGAACCCAAAAAGUUAGAAUCCGAAUCGCUUUCGGAGCCUCCAACUGUUCCUUCUUCUGCUCCAGAAGAGAAGCCCCCUCAAGAGGAAGCUCCUAAAGAUGUCACCGAGGAGAAAUCUGUAAUCCCACCACCUCCUCCUUCAGAAAAGUCUGAUCAAGAAUCCAAAGCACUUGCUGUUGUUGAGAAGACUCCUGACCCUGCUCCAGAGAAAACAGGGGAGGGCUCUACAAAUAGAGAUUCUGUCCUUGCAAGAGUUGCAACAGAGAAAAGGCUGUCACUAAUCAGGGCAUGGGAAGAAAGUGAGAAGUCUAAGGCAGAGAACAAGGCUCAGAAGAAGCUAUCUGCCAUUAGCGCAUGGGAGAACAGCAAGAAAGCAUCUAUUGAGGCUGAGUUGAAGCAGAUUGAGGAACAUUUGGAGAAGAAAAAGGCAGAACAUGCUGAGAAACUGAAAAACAAGAUAGCUCUAAUCCACAAGUCUGCAGAGGAACAGAGAGCAGCCAUUGAAGCCAAACGCGGUGAAGAUAAUCUCAAGGCAGAGGAGCUGGCUGCAAAAUACCGUGCUACUGGAAGUGCUCCGAAAAAGCUCCUUGGUUGUUUUUAGGCUAAAAUUCUCAUGUCUUAUUGCCGACUUAAUUUAAUUUUUGUUAUUUUUUUGUUUAAUCUUAAUGGAAGUUCAUGUGAUAGUUGAAAUAUGGUUGUUUUUACUGUGGGACAAGCCUUGGUGGAAGUUUAUUGCUUGCAUAGUGUUGUAUUUUGUGUGUAAAUACAGUUGAAGAAAAAUCAACUUAAUUUAUUUGUGCAAAAAAACAAAAAAAAUGAUAACUAUUUUAUUUAUUA